UAUAAGGGACUUUUCUAAUUUAAAUUUGGCUUACACAUGUUAUCCAGCAUAGUGUAGGAACUGAAUUAGGUUUUUAGAUGGCAAUAAAGGGGUGUUGAUCUUACAAAUCUAAGAGCCACAGUCAUCAGGUAGCUUUAAGAGAAGCAAAUAGUUGUCUUGGGGGCAAUGACAGAGCAAGCAGAUCCUAAAUAAUGAUGUCCAUAAGGUCAUAUAAGCUAUAAUCCACCAUGAAAAAGUGUAUUCUGUACUUUGUUAACUUGUACGGGAGAACAGUGUACAAUGAAGAGUGUAACCAGUCUGGAAGGCUUCCUGGAGUAGCUGUGUAAACUACUGGGGGAGGCCAGAAGAAAGAAAAGAUUCUCUUCAGGUAGACUAAUAAUGUACCUAUUUGUAUCUGGAAAAAUCUUGGUUUAUGCAUGUUGCUACCAUUAUUACUAAUUUUAACCUUUGUUGAUUUCAAACAGGUUCUAUUUUGGAUGACAAAUUAUAUGGUCACUUUAUCUUCAGGAGGCCAUAAUGAUAAUUAGUUGAAAGUUUGAGAGUUACUCAAGUUUCUCUAACUAUCCUUAAUCACCCUCUGUCUUUAGGAGCUGAGAUUUAUGCCAUCUGCAUCUGCCAUGAUCAUUUUCAAUCUGAGCAGUUACAAUCCAGGGCCCUUCAUUCUGGUAGGGAUCCCAGGCCUGGAGCAAUUCCACGUGUGUAUUGGAAUUCCCUUCUGUAUCAUCUACAUUGUAGCUGUUGUGGGAAACUGCAUCUUUUUCUACCUCAUUGUGGUGGAGCAUAGUCUUCAUGAACCCAUGUUUUUCUUUCUCUCCUCUGCCAUGACUGACCUCACCUUGUUCACCGCUGGUGUGUCUAAAACACUCAGUAUUUGGCUGGGGGCUUGCAAAAUCACAUUCCCAGGAUGCCUUACACAAAUGUUCUUCCUUCACUACAGCUUUGUCCUGGAUUCAGCCAUUCUGAUGGCCAUGGCAUUUGAUCACUAUGUAGCUAUCUGUUCUCCCUUGGGAUAUACCACCAUCUUGACUCCAAAGACCAUCAUCAAGAUUGCUAUGGGCAUCUCCUUUCGAAGGUUCUGAAUCAUCCUACCAGACGUAUUCUUGCUGACGCGCCUGCCUUUCUGCAGGACACGUAUCAUACCCCACAUAUACUGUGAGCAUAUAGGCGUUGUCCGACUCGCCUGUGCUAAUAUCUCCAUCAACAUCUGGUAUGGCUUCUGUGUUCCCAUCAUGAUGGUCAUCUCAGAUGUGAUUCUCAUUGCUGUUUCCUAUGCCCUUAUCCUUUGUGCUGUCUUUCGCCUUCCCUCCCAAGAUGCCCGCCAGAAAGCCCUCGGCACUUGUGGUUCUUAUGUCUGUGUCAUCCUCAUGUUUUAUAUGCCUGCCUUUUUCUCCAUCCUUGCCCAUCGCUUUGGACACAAUGUCUCUCGCACCUUCCACAUCGUGUUUGCCAAUCUCUACAUUGUUAUCCCACCUGCACUUAACCCCAUGGUUUACGGAGUGAAGAAACAGAUCAGAGAUAAGGUUAUAGUUUUGUUUUCUACUAAGGGUACAGGAUGAUGUUUUACUGGGCAAUGGAAUAACUAGGAUAAGCUUAUAGUGUACAGAAAUGUAGAAAGAGUGAAAUGACAAAUGCUAUUUAAAGCAAGAACUACCUGAAGUUGCUUUCAUGUGCCAAGAAUGUGGCAUGAUCUGUAUGAAAAUGAUGGUCCUAUGUAUAAAAAAAAUCCUUGAUGACCUCUUUGCUUGUGAAAUAGGGGGCUGUACAGAAUAUGAUCAGGAAGAAGGAGAUGAAAACAGAGAGUGAGAUUACUCUAAAUUGAAAAAGAAAUAAAAAUUUGGAAAUUGAGAUUCACAGCUAUUAUAAGUGAGUGUGUUAAGUAAAACAGAAACACUGAGGAAGAGAGAAUAAAAGUGAAAAGAUCAGUGAGAAAUUUCUCACUGAGAGGAUUAUCAGAUGGAUAUUUAGGAUGUUAAUGAUAACAUUUGAUUCAAAUUAUCUUCCUUUUAUGUUUCACUGUAAUUCCCUUUAAAUGUUUCCUCCCUAUACACACACGAUAUGAAAAAUUGAAGAGCCUUCAGUACAAGCCUGCUAAAAUAAUGUUAUAUCAGCAGUGCUAUAAAGGGAAUGAGUGAAUUAGCAUAUUGAUCAAUGAAUGGCAGGGUUGCUGGCUUUAGUGCUGGGAGAGGAGAGUAGCUUCUAGGCCCCAAGACACAUUGAGAAAGUGAGCUACAGAGGUAGUACUGGGAGAACAUAACCCCUGAAAACAGUUGGAGAUUUGAGUAAAGAACUGGACUUCCUACAGUAUACAGAUUAGACUUCAAGCCAGCUCAUUUAGAAACUAAAGUACAAAUGUAACCACACUAGUUAGAGGACCUGUGGAACUCUGUUAUAUAUACUGCAGUUCCUUGAUUGCAAGCCACAAUUUUACAGCAAGAAGAGGGAAUGAGGAUGGGAACACUACAAUAUAGUAACACAUCCAUGGAAAAAUGCAUCCAAAUUUUGUAAACAUUGGUACUGAUAAAAUACUUUAUGUUGAGAUCAAAGAAGGAACUUAGAAGCAUAAUCAUAAACUGUUAUGAAAUGUAGAGUUGAUCUGUCCCAGUGGUUUCCAAGGCAAUCCUAAAGAGCUGGAUUCUGAGAGGUUGCUUUAAGGUGCAUCUCAAGGCUUAUAUGAAGGAAGUUUCUUGUCUUAUUUUUCCACAAUCACAGUAGACCUGAUGUUAUCUAGUUUUGCUUGUGUAUCAAGCACUUAGGUAAGAUUCUACUUGAACAAUAAAGUUUCUCCAAUAAAUCCUGUUUUGAAAAUCAUCCAUU